AUGGGCUUGGUAAAUGCCGUUUGUAACUGGCCCUCCGUGAAAGCACUUUACUUCACUGUUUUCUCCAUGAAUCUGGCCGGAAUUCUGGCCCUCGUUCUGGCCAUUGUCUGGGCCGUACGAUUCGAAAGAGGCUUCGGCGAUUACCUGAAUCUCAUCACUCCAGGAUCACGACGAGCAGGUGACGGUCACGUGUGGACGGCGAUCAUAGUCUCGGCCAGCGUUUGCUGUUCCCCUGCCUACAUCCUCGGCGUCAAGUGUUGGCUUUAUUUGAAACUCGAGCCAGCCAGGACGGAUGAUUCGGAGGAUCAAGAGAAAGCGGACGAUCCUCACGACGUGAAUCGGCUUUUGUUCUUCCACGUGGUUGCCUGUCUGCUGUCAGGAUUCUUGGUAGCUAUCCUAAAUGCCACUUACUUGGCCCUGUUGAGCGGAUUUCAGCAGAAAAGCCGCGAUGGCUUGAUAGAGGCUAUCGAAAAGUACGGGGUCGACGUGGCCGUGAAGGCGAGGGUGGACGCUCUCCAAAGCGAGCUCGAGUGUUGCGGCGAUGGUAGCUACGAAGAUUGGACUCGAGUCCCCUGGUUGAAAAUGUCGUUGGAGGAGGAACAACCCGAGGAUGUGGGAAACGGUCCUCGACUGGAAGGGCAGUGGUAUCAGAAGAACGAGAGGAAGAAGCUACCUCGCCCGUCGACGUGCCUUUCUCCUGUUGUUCCAAUGGCAUUGCGAAACCUUGCGUUCAUCACGACAUUCUCAGGCCCAGUGCAGUCUACGAGUACAACCCUAAGCAUUUGACCAUCGCCACCGACGGUUGCAGACCGAAGAUCAUAAAUCGGGGUGAAGUUAUUAGAACGUUCUUGGCGGGAUAUCUCGCUCUUUUAUCCGUCUAUCAGAUGGUUUUGUCGUACGUGUCCCGACUACUGCAAACUGCUCAUAGCAACGAGCUGUACAUAGGCCCUCGAAAGACACGCUACCACGUCUGGAUAUUCUUCAAGCCGGAAGAUCUGCCCGCGAACGAGCGGAGAAGCGAGCGAAUGCGCCCGCGGAGGAAACGAUCGAGACUGAGCUUUCCAUCCGCACUCUCGAAAAUCGUUAGACCUAGUUUCCUCUGCGGCAACUCUCGAAGUAAAAAACAGCGAAGCGCGCGUCGACUGGUAGGGAUGGAGGAGGUAAAGCCGGAAGAGGAAACGGGGCUUCUUUCAGAAUAUGCAACGAGGUCUGAGUCGGCUUUGAAGAAAGAUCGAUCGUCAGUCUUUCCGUUAUUAUCGAACAGCUCGUCGGCAAAUUUACCACCGCCGCCUCCUCCAUUUGUAUUAACCUUAGAAAACGAAGAACUUCUGCCGGAGGUGGUCCCUUCGAAAUCCUCCGGGACAAAGGCGACAUUUAGCCAACCGUCGAGCGAAAGUAUAAUUACAAACCAGAACUCUGGCAGGCGUGUAAAGGUGUUGGAAAAGUUUGGCGAAAUUCGAGAGCGUCGCGACAAAAGUACACAGCACAGAGAGAGCGGUGGAGCAGAUAUUUCGAAUGGCGAUCCGAGGUCCAUUCGUCCAAGGGGCGACGUUCGCACAAGGUUCAGCUCAGCUGACGUCUACGACAGAUUUCGUGGUACUCUUCAGCACACUCUGGCCAGAAGAGAGGCCGUUCGAGCUCGGAAGGAAUCGGCAGGAGUUUACAAGCCUGGGAACCAGAAGAAAUUGAACAUCCGGCAAAGUAACGUUCUAGCUAGGAUAAAUUGCAACAACGUUCCACCUUCUUAUCGUUUGCUAGCCGAUUUUCAACUCCGCGAGCAAUCGGUUCUUCAAACGCAUCCGAUGCACCAGCAUGUUCCUCCAAUUCCAUCCUUUCUUUCACCUCCUGCUCCUCCUCUUCCUCCUCCUCCGCCACUACCAUUCACUCCGCCAAAUCCAGCGAAACAGCAGAGCAGAAAUUCAGCGAGGAUUUGUGGAACAAAGGUGUUGCCGCGAGAACAACGACAAUGCAGCAUCUGCAAUCGUCCUGUCGUGCAAAGCCCAAGCUGCUCACGGGAAUCCCUUGUCGAGGCUUGUAAGGAUGCUCGAACGUUUUCUAGCUCAGCUCGAAGAAAAGCUCGCGCCACGUUCUCGCGGCACAGGGAGUUUCUAAGAGGAGAUUACGUGCCUUGGAAUCGAUCUACUCCCGUUUCUAAAUCCGUCCCA